AUAGUAAUAGGUUUACCAUUAUGUUGUUCACCAUCGAAGUUAAAUAUUUUAUCAACAUCAUCAACUUCGAUUUUGUCAGCAUCAUUGUUAAUUUUGAUUUCGAUUACUUCAUUCAUUUGGUAGUCGUUUAUAAAUAUAUAAAUUUAUUACCAAAGAAAUUAUUUUUUUUAUAUCGUCCAUUUGUGAUUAUAUACUUUUAUUUUUUAUUUGAAACAC